AUGCCUGGCGGAGCCGCACCAGUCUCCUACGGCGGUUACGUCGACCGCAUCGAGGCCCCCGUCACCUUCGCCGCCUACUUCACCUGCGUGUUCGCCUCUUUCGGCGGUAUCCUCUUCGGCUAUGACUCCGGUUACAUCAACGGUAUCUACGGCAUGGAUAUCUGGAAAAACCAGUUCGGACGUCCUACCGGCCACUCCGACGAUCCCAUCGACAUCGCCACCUGGCAAAAGUCGCUCACCACCUCCAUCCUCUCCGCGGGCACCUUCGUUGGUGCUCUCGUCGCUGGUGAUCUCGCCGACCGUAUCGGUCGUCGUUUCACCAUCAUCCUCGCUUGCGCCAUCUUCUGCGCCGGUGUUAUAAUCCAGGUCGCGUCCCAAUCCAUCAACGUCCUCAUCGGCGGUCGUGUCGUCGCCGGCCUCGGCGUCGGUCUCAUCUCCGCCACGGUCAUCCUCUACGUCUCGGAAAUCGCGCCCAAGAAGAUUCGUGGUGCCAUCGUGUCUGGCUACCAGUUCGCGAUCACCGUUGGUAUCCUUCUCGCAGGUUGCGUCGCGCAAGCGACAAAGGACCGCAAGAACUCGGGCGCGUACCGGAUCCCCAUCGCCAUCCAGUUCCUCUGGGCGCUCAUCCUCGCCAUCGGAUUGAUCAUCCUUCCCGAAAGCCCGCGUUUCUACGUGAAGAAGGGCCGCAACGACCGCGCGGCCAAGGCGCUUUCCCGCGUUCGUGGUCAGCCCGAGUCGUCGGAGUACAUCCAGGCUGAGCUCGCGGAGAUCGUCGCCAACUACGAGUACGAGAUGACCAUCGCCACGGCUACUUGGCUGGACUGUUUCAAGGGUGGUCUCCGCCCGUCUGGCAACCUUUUCCGUGUCCUCGUCGGCACUGGCUUGCAGAUGUUCCAGCAGCUUACCGGUGUCAACUUCAUCUUCUACUACUCGACGACCUUCUUCCAGCAGUCUGGUAUCAAGGAUCCUUUCCUGAUCUCCAUCGCGACUGAUGUCGUCAACGUCGGUUCGACCCCGCUUUCCUGGUGGGCCAUUGAGCGCUUCGGCCGUCGCAAGCUUCUCAUCUGGGGUGCUUCGCUCAUGCUUGUGUGCGAGUUUAUCGUCGGCGGCGUCGGCACUGCCCUCCCCAACUCGUCGGCUGCCGGCACUUGCUUGAUCGUCUUCACCUGCAUCUACAUCUUCGGCUUCGCCACCACAUGGGGCCCCGCAGCAUGGGUCGUCAUCGGUGAAAUCUUCCCUCUGCCCAUCCGUGCCAAGGGUGUCGCGCUCUCCACCGCAUCGAACUGGCUAUGGAACUUCGUCCUCGCCUUCGUGACGCCCUACAUGGUUGACCCCGACAAGGGUGACCUCCAGCAGAAGGUGUUCUUCGUCUGGGGCUCGUGCUGCACGCUCUGCUUGAUCUUCGCGUACUUCAUGGUGCCGGAGACGAAGGGUCUCUCGCUCGAGCAGGUCGACCGCAUGCUGGAGGAGACCACCCCGCGCACGUCCGCCGGCUGGGUGCCGCACGACACCUUCGCGGGUGGCGACCACAAGCUCAGCGAGAAGGAAGCGGUCGAGCACGUAUAA